AUGCUCGUCCAAGCUUUGUCGGAGAGAGUCGACUGGGCCAAAGCGGCGAAGAAAACGAAGAACGUGGCGGCCACGGCCGUUGGGGAAGUGGCUGAGAACCCCGAAGCGGCUGCAGCAAAUGUGAGGAAUGUGAGGAUCAUUAGGUACGACGUCUAUUGCCAUGCGCGUGACCGCGGGACGGAGGUGGAUUCAGGCGUUCCAGCCGCAGGCAAUCCCGGCAACGAUGUCGACCACACACACGCUGGGCACCAAGGGUUGGAGCAGCUGAAGAACCUCAAGCGGGGCCGGGAGGUCACCGCAGCGUGCAGCCUGCGCCUUGCGCUGCAACAGGCGGCGUUCAACCUGCGCCUUGCGCUGCAACAGGUGUUCCUGCGCAGCAGGCUGGCUCGAACCAGUAUGGAUGGACGGGAUGAACAAUCCCAGGUGGGCAGCAUGGCUAAGCUCGCUGUCACUCGCUUACAUCACCACAGCAGAACAGGGCCCCUCACCGCCUGCGGCGGGCAUCCAGGAGAUAGCCUUCGUUCCUCACCGCCUGGUGCGGAGGCCCCCAUGCAGCCACGAGCCGCUUCGGCGCUGCUCGCGCAAAGGCACCUGGCACAUUUUAGCUGGAUGCCCGAAGAGGAUCUGACGAUCUUCGAAGCCUUGAGGGAGCAGCUGACCUUCGUCCCGGGCGAUACGCAUGAUGCCAGGUUCAAGCUGCAGGUUUGUCGCCCCUCACGGCGCAGCUGUCGCACAGCAAUGGAUGCCGUCGCUGGCACCAAGUCGCCAGCGCUUCAGCGAGUGGUGGAAGAGCUGUGCCAGAUCUUCCAGAUGGAGCUCCAUCGCUGCUGGGUCAACUUGUACCGCGCGGGCACCGACGACCAUGCAGCCUUCCACCGCGACCACUUCGACGGCCGCAGCGGCGGCGCGCAGGUCACUUUGGGCGUCUUUGCCUCCUUCGGCGACCGGCGAGACCUUUGCUGGUCCUUCGGUGGCCGCGCGACCGCGUGGCGUCUGCCGCUGCGGAAUGGCGACGUGGUGGCCUUCGAUCGAACGGCCAACGCGGCGGGGCUGCACAGCAUCGAGAAGAAGCUCGAUGCCGCGGAGGAUCGCAUUUCCGUGAGCCUCUGGGGCACCGGCCGCAUCCCGGGACACGCGCCGUGUCCGCCGUUCGCGCCGCCCGCGCGGCGGUGGAGGGCCAAAGAAGCGCCUCCGCCGCGGCGCUGGACGCGGCGGGAGACGGUGGAGGAGAAAAGAAACAUGGGCGGCGGAGGUGGAGGUGGACGAUGGGAAUGA